GACAAAACAUCAAAUAAAACAGAAUUGAUGGCUUAAUUUUCAUUUGUGGUGUUAACUUCAGUAAAAAUUCAUGUUAAAAUGACCUUAGAACAGAUUACCUCGUUAAAUAACGACUGGCAGGGAGCAUAUUAUCCCGUUCCUCAAAUGUUAAGCGAUUCUGACUCUGAAAAAGAAAUUAUCCAUAAAUAUGAUGUAAAUUGCAAAGCUGAUUUUAAAGUUGCUUCUAAAAAUAAUGUCAGUGAGAACUUGUUUAACAAUCAUAAAGUGUUGCCUAAAGACAAACCAUUAUCGGCCAUUUCAAAGUGUCUCUUUGUAUUUUCAAUUCUGUUAUGUAUUUUAACCCCAACUACAUUUAUAUGGGUAUUACCUUGUCCUGAAGUUAACAAGUGCCCCCUUAAAAUUAGCAGUUGGGAUAAACAAUUAGACAAUGUUGAAAUCUUUGGAAAAAUUAAUGAUAUUAAGAGUAAAUCUUGGCAUUCACACUUUUUAGCUUUUUUAUAUAAGCAAGAUAUUCAAACUAUGGAUAAAUUAACUGGAGUAAUAGCUUAUACCACACAAAAUGGAGAAAUUGCCUGGAACUUCACUGUUGAUGCAGCUUAUAAAUUGGACUGUACACUAACUGAUGCAACCAAGGACAAGAUAAAAGACUGUUUAAUUCAAAGCAAUCAUGGAAUACACAUGAUAGAUGGGACCACAGGAUUAACUGUGUGGGAAGUUGCCAAAAAUAAUUUCUUCUAUAAAAAUGCUUUCAUCAUAGAUUUUCCUGUAAUUGUAUCAGAUUUAGAUGGUGAUAACGUUGACGAUAUUUUAAUAAUAAGCAAUGAUGAUAUUAAUUCUGUAUUAACCAUAAUUUCUGGUCGAACGGGUGAUUUGUUGUCUCAAACUGAGAUGGGAACUUGUCAGAAUGGGCAUGUAGUUCAGUCCGGAAAAUCAUUUAUUGUUUUUUCUUGUAUGCAGCAUGGACAAAUUACCCAGUAUUACAACAUUACAAGUGCAAUGCUUACAAGCAAAAUUAAAUUGUCAAACAAAUCAUUACUACAAGAAAAAAUCAAUUAUUUCCAAAAUACAGAUAAAUUUAAUUAUAAAGUUAAUGGUCAUGUGCUAAGGUUUAAAAAUGAAGGCGUUUGUCCCAUUGAUUGUCGAGUUACCAUUUCACUCUCUGAUAAAAAUUCUAGCAAAGAAAUAGCAGNUGACAUGGAAUUCCGAAAAGUAAAAUAA